CUCUCCUCUGCACCAGCUCUUGCACCUGCGUUGAGCCUCUCGCCGCCCGCCACCCUCUUUCUCGUUUCUACCCUGCCGACUGCGGCCACUUUUUCGUCAUUUUUCAUCGCUCCUCGGCCGGCCCUCCGGAAGCCAGAGCAUCCGCCGAACUCAUUUCCUCCUGCUGAACCCGAUUAAAUGAUGAACAUUCCCCAGGAAAAGACGGACUCGCCGCCGGAAGUUAAAGAAGCACAAGGUAAAUGUCCCAAUUUGGAAUCUUCAGGAAGCUCACUGUUAUGCACUAGAUGUUGUUACGCUUCAUCAAUCGUCCGGGUGCCGCGUCGCGAAAUACCCCGACUCUACAGUUGUCAAGACAGGCAGGCGAGUUAUCCUUGAUGAACGAUCGGCGCUGGAAUUUGCGGCGCAACUCAACCUCCCUGUUCCUCGUGUGCACGAAGCGCAUAUGGGGCCGGAUGGGGAAGUGUUUAUUCGAAUGGAUUUCGUCCAGGGUGAGAUUCUUGCCUCGGUUUGGCCUAGCAUGACAGCAGAAGAGAAAGACAGUAUAUGUCGACAGCUACGAGAGAUCCUCACGAAAAUGCGAUCUGUACCAUGGGAGACCGGCCUUAUCGGAUCCUGCUCAGGUGGGCCGGCGCGAGACUGCCGCCAAUACACGGACUACAGCGACGGACCGUACAAGGAUGAAGCGACUUUCAACUCGUUAUUUUACUUUGAUCUCGUAAAAACUACACCAGUUCCGCUUUGCACUGCACUCUUUAAUUAACUUCGUAACGACUACCGCAUAGUCUUCACGCACGGCGAUCUCGCACAGCAAAACAUAUUAGUCGAGGACGGUUGGGUCGCUGGGCUACUAGAUUGGGAGUACGCUGGGUGGUACCCAGAGCACUGGGAGUACAUCAAAUUUUUCGAGCGGCCAUGUGAACAUCGAGACUGGAAAGAUCGCGCACAUAUGAUAUUUCCUCAACUGUAUAAGAAUGAAAUAGCGUACCAUCAAGGUAUUCUGCGAU